UUACGGUAAAGCCAUGUUUCCUAGGAGGUCAGUACAAAAAGCCAGACUUCUACCGGCAGUUUCUGGGAGAGAGAAGCUUUCCAUCCAACAGGUUUACCUUUCCUCUGGGAAAUGUUUAUAAUAGAAAAGGCUCAACUGGGAUAUGUAUCAGCUUCUCCUGUACCCUCUGGUGUUUGGUAGGGUUGACAACAGGCAAGGAUAAAAUGAGCUGGUCAUCUCAGGAUCAUGGAAAACCUGGACUCAAGGCUCAGGAAUGCCCCCUACUUUCGUUGUGAGAAGGGGGACAGUUCUGUCCCCGUGUGCCAGAAGUGUGAAACAUGCGUCUUGGCUUGGAAGAUCUUCUCUACCAAAGAGUGGUUCCAAAGGAUCGGAGAGGUGCCCCAGAAGCGGUUUCUAGUUAGCAUCCUGAAGCAGCUGGAUAGCUUGUAUCUGUUGCACUAUUUUCAGACUAUCUUGCAGACCACGCAGGGGAAGGAUUUCAUCUACAGCCGCUCCCGGAUCAACCUCAGCAGGAAGGAGGGGAAAAUCGUCAAGUCUUCCCUGAACCAGAUGUUGGACAAAACGGUAGAACAGAAGAUGAGGGAGAUCCUGUACUGGUUUGGGAAAAGCACCCACCGGACCAAGGCAAAUUACACGCUCUUGCUGCUGCAAAUGUGUGACCCCAAGUUAUUGCUCACUGCUGCCAAUGUCAUCAGAGUCCUGUUUCUGAGAGAGAGGAACAACGUCUCAGGCCUCAAUCAAGACACCAGUGAUUUGUUUUUCUUCCCUGAGAAAGACUACAACCCGCAGACUGAGACCUCAGGUGUUUUCUGGGCAGCCAGCACCAGGAAUACAUCCUUCCCUUUGUCCAGAACUUUAGGGAAAGAAAAUUUGUUUGAGAACACAGAGGGUGAAGCGUCUAAUACUGAAGGACAACGGAAGAGUUCACUCCGGUGUAUUUCCGAGAUGAAUAAGCUGUUUUCCAGAAAAGUGGGCAUGUCCAAGGCAGAAAGCACCCCCUCGGAUCUGUUGGUUGACUUGGAUGUCGUCAAAGACCUGUCUUCUGGAGUCAGCAAAUACCGAGACUUCAUCCGUUACCUGCCCAUCCACCUCUCCAAAUAUAUUCUAAGUAUGCUGGAUAAAAACAGCCUGAACAGGUGCACUUCUGUGAGCCAGCACUGGGCCGCCCUCGCUCAGCAAGUCAAGAUGGAUUUGUCGAUGCAUACUUUCAUUCAGAACCAUAUUGCCUUCUUGCAGGGAUCCUACACAACGGGAAUCGAUCCCAAUUAUGCCAAUAAGCUUUUUAUCCCAGUUCCUAAAAUGACCGAUGAUGGGAAGUGCAUACGUGUGAAAAAUCAGAAAUGGAAACUGAGAACCAAGAAUGACUACAACCUGUGGGCCGCAUACCAGAACCAGGAAACUCAGCAGGUCCAGAUGGAAGAGAGAAAUAUCUUCUGUGGGACUUAUAAUAUCCGCAUUCUCUCUGACACGUGGGACCGAAACAGAGUCAUCCACUAUUCUGGGGGAGAUUUGGUGGCAGUGUCAUCCAACCGUAAGAUCCAGCUUCUAGAUGUCAUACAAGUAAAGGAGUUACCCAUCGAGUUCCGAGGCCAUGCUGGGAGUGUCCGCACUCUCUUCUUGUGUGAGGAGGAGAACUUUCUGCUAAGCGGGAGUUAUGACCUGAGUAUCAGAUUCUGGGAUCUGAAAAGUGGGGCUUGUAUACGAAUCUUCAAUGGCCACCAGGGGACAAUCACUUGCAUGGAUUUAUAUAAGAACAGGCUCGUAUCUGGAGCAAGAGAUUGCCAGGUGAAAGAGUGGGACAUAGAAACAGGGAAGUGUCUGAAGACAUUUAAACACAAAGACCCCAUCUUGGCCACCAGGAUCAACGACACCUACAUCGUGAGCAGUUGCGAGCGGGGCUUGGUCAAAGUGUGGCACAUUGUCAUGGCCCAGCUAGUAAAGACUCUCAGUGGCCACGAGGGAGCCGUGAAGUGCCUGUGCUUUGACCAGUGGCAUCUCCUCUCGGGAAGUGCUGAUGGCCUGGUCAUGGCCUGGAGCAUGGUGGGAAAGUAUGAGCGGUGCCUCAUGGCCUUCAAGCAUCCAAAGGAAGUGCUCCACGUGGCUCUACUCUUCCUCCGGGUAAUCAGUGCCUGUGCAGAUGGCAAGAUCCGCAUUUACAAUUUCCUAAAUGGGAACUGUCUGAAGGUGAUGAAAGCCAAUGGCAGAGGUGAUCCUGUGCUGUCCUUCUUUAUUCAGGGCAACAGGAUGGUGAUCAACACGGAGAGCAAUAUUCUCAUGUUCCAGUUUGAGAAUAUAAAGUGGCAGUAUGCUCCGGACCGGGCCAAACAAAAGAAGAAGGAUAAAGAGGAUGACUGGGAAGAAAAUGGCCUCACAGAAAUUCUCUCCAGGUCUAGCACUCAGGUUUUCAGCCUGAAGGACUCCAUGUCCAGUAAACAAACUGUGGCCCAGGAGUCCUUAUUAAGUAAACCCUACAGGUCCCGAGUUUUCCUCAAGGCAACCAAGGUACCUACAGAAGUGUUAUUAGAGGCACCUCAAAGUCAAGGAAAGUUAAAAUCGCCCCGGAGAGAUGGCAAGAAGAGAGCAAGUCCUGUUUCUAAGGAAGCAAAUGGCAUAGAUGGUGGACAAGAGAGUUCUGAAACAAAAUCCCUCACAGGAGAUACAACCAAUGAGGAUGGGGAAAAAGUACAAAAAGAAGGACAACUCAAAACUCCUGGAGACUUGAUCAGGCGUUCAAAGAAAAAGCGCUGGCAAAUCCCUAUGUCGCCAGAUCAGUUCCUUCUGACAGUUAAUGCCCUGCAGCAGGCUCAUAAUUCAGGGGAGUUUGCCUAUCCCCGGAGGCCCCAAACCCAAGUCAUUGAUGCCUGGGGACCUUCAAUUUCCCAUCCAAGGAAGGUCCUGAGUUUCAAAGGAAAAUCAGUCCAACACGCAGUCGAUAGGUUGAGGUGGAACCACCCUCCCAUCAAUGUGAAACAAACCAAUAUUCCCCUUGAGAUCCAGAAACUGCAGCCCAACCUGAAGAACUCUUUGCACAGUCCCAGGGUCCAGUCCACCAUACCCCAGCCUGUGAUUAUCCGCCCCAGAUUCGAGAGCAGCCUCAGGGGUGAAGACCAGGCGACCAGCUCCAUCGAUGGGACCGUGCGCAACUUCAGCCCAUUAACCAGCCUGCAGGUUAUUAAACCCAACCGCAUGCUGGCUCCACCAAUGGGCAUGACAACCAAGUCUGUCAAGAAAGAACGACCUCGCUUCUACAAGACCCUUGAUCCCUUUAGAAUGAACACUGAGUUCAUGUUGUUGACGGUAAAGGAGGAGAAAGAGUAUGGGGAAGCCAAGAUGAAGGAGUAUCAGGCCAGAGAGCCCAGUGGAGUGGUCAAUCCAGAAAAAGCCAGCAAAGCUGCAUGGAUCAGGAAAAUCAAAGGGCUACCUAUCGAUAAUUUCAUGAAGCGAGGGAAAACAGCAGCCCCUGAACUUGGACAAAACAUGUUUAUCUGAACCAGCCUUGGGAAAUGAACAUCUUAAAAUAAACAGAGAACCAAGUGGA